AUGUCAAUAGUAACACUGCAGAUAGGUCAGUGUGGCAAUCAAAUAGGUGGGGAACUCUUCUCUACUAUCUUAGAAGACGCCUUCGGGAAAGCCAGCACUGUAUCCAAGGCUGACAAUGAGGCGUACAUUGAUGAGGUUCUAGAACGUUUUUUCCAUCGACCGGAUUCAGGGAAAAGAAAUGAGGUCAUUCCACGUGCCCGAGCUGUUAUGGUUGAUAUGGAACCUAAAGCAAUAGCACAGUCUAUGCUGGAUGCUAAAAAGAGUGGUAGGUGGGUCUAUCCUAAAGGCCAACAGUUCUGUCAAAAACGUGGUUCUGGCAACAACUGGGCCCAUGGAUACUGCAAACAUGGUCCGCAAGCUCAGGAAGCAGUCAUGGACAUGGUUCAACGUGAAGCUGAGAAAUGUGAUCGAAUGUCUGGAUUCUUAGUGUUCAUGAGUCUUGCUGGUGGUACAGGUUCUGGUGUUGGAGCAUACAUCACAGAGUGUCUACGAGAUCACUUCCCACACUCAUUUAUCACAAAUCAGGUUGUCGCACCCUACAACACAGGGGAAGUGAUUGUACAAAAUUACAAUGCAUUACUGACACUGUCACACUUGUACCAAUCCUCUGAUGCUCUUCUCAUCCUGGAAAAUGACCAGGUGCAUAAAAUAUGUAUGCAACUUCUAGGAAUCAAGAACAUCUCUUUCCGAGAUAUCAACAAAGUCAUUGCUCAUAAAUUGGCCAGUGUGUUGCAGCCAGUAAAGCCUAUAGGCUCUAAUUUUCCAAGUUAUAUGCAUAGCAACCAUAUCAGUGACAUGUUGACAUCAAUAGUACCACACCCAGAGUAUAAAUUAUUAACCAUGAAGAAUAUACCACAGAUGUCAGAAAGAUCGAUAGCUUACAGUACGUUUACGUGGUCUGGCUUGUUAAAACAUCUUAGACAGAUGCUGAUUGCGAAUGCUGCCAUGGAAGAAGGUAUUGAUUGGCAGGUCAAGGUGAAAUCUAGCACAUCGCACAGCUCAGCAAUUCAACAUAAUAAGUCUAUAGCCAAUUUACUGUUACUACGAGGUAAAGAUGUCAACACGGCAAAUGUAGACGGCUUUCAAGAAUCAUGUCUCUAUGCUCCUUGGGUACCAUCAGAUGCUGUAUGCUCAGUCUGGGCCACCCCAAGGCCCUUCAACCUGUAUGAAAAAUCUGCAACUCUGCUCAGCAAUAGUCAGUCACCAAUCGCAGCACUCAACACGGUGGUUGGUAAAGCAUGGAACAUGUUUGCAUCACGGGCAUACGUCCACCAGUAUAUUAGAUAUGGAUUGGCUGAAGAAGAUUUUGUUGACAGCUUUGCUGGGUUAGAACAAGUCAUCAAGAGUUACUCAGAACUUUGAUAAUGUUUGAUUACAACCACAUACAUCACUGGUAGCAUAGUGGUUAUCACAUCAGACUCGUGAUCGGUAGACCCAAGUUCAAAUCCUACUUCAGGCUGAACACCAAAAGCGUCGACCCCUACCUUGGGUGAGUGUGCCAUAGACUCAAUGGGGAGACCAAUUCCACUGGCCGAGAUUCAUUCACUAAUGAAUGUGACUUUGGGGGGAACCUUGGUUAAGUUCCGCAGGUGCUUGUGUUCGACCGAGCCUGGUUGACGCCUGGAUAGCGCAUUAAAUUGCCAUUUGACAGAGAGAUGGCCACACAGCCCUGUCAUGUAGUCCCAAAACAUGAAUAUGACUUCUGUGGUCAAAAAUGCACUAUAUGUCAGCACUUGCAACUUGCACAUACAAAAAAAAGUUAGAAGAGACAACAGUGACAUUCAAUGUCCAGAACUGUCAUCUGGCACAAAAACAAACAAAAAACAAUCAAUAAUUUAUUGAAUGCUUUAGUGCACAAACAGCAUACAAAUAAAAUUCAGUAUACACAUCUCACGCCAAUAACCUUACAUAAUAUUAUUUCUCUUUAUAAUGCACUGCAUUUGUCUAUUGACUGAU